AUGUCAUCGAUAUAUAACAAAGGUACAAGAGUGUGGUUACCUGAUCCAACCUCAGGAUGGGUAGCAGGAACAGUAUCUUCUAUCAAUCCACCAAACGAUGAAUCACCCACAGCAGAAGUAACAUUGGUCAUAUCAUAUGAUUCAGAUACGAGUGGAACAACGACUAAAACAUUGAAAUUCCCUUAUUCAGUCAUACAAACUGCAAGUGAAGACAAUGCUGGAAAUGUUCAACCAGCUACUCCACCUCCAGGUCAAGAUCAACUUCCACCCCUUCGAAAUCCGCCCUUGUUAGAAAGUUCAGAAGAUUUAGCAAGUCUAAGUAAUUUAAAUGAACCUUCAGUCUUGCAUGCUAUUGCAACGAGGUAUAGCAGACAUCUGCCAUAUACAUAUUCAGGUAUAGUCUUGGUCGCCUUGAACCCAUUCAGUCCUCUGGCAAUUUAUGGACCAGAGAUCAUCCAAGCUUAUUCAGGGAGGAAGAAGGGGGAGCUCGAACCCCAUUUAUUCGCAAUUGCGGAAGAGGCUCUGGAUUGUAUGAGACGUGGAGCAGGAGGUGGAGGAACAGAUCCUACAGGUGCUGGAGACCAGACCAUCGUUGUCAGUGGGGAGAGUGGAGCAGGAAAAACAGUAUCAGCAAAAUUCAUUCUACGGUAUUUCGCGUCUGUAGACGAUCCAGCAAAAUCUCAAUCAUCGGGUGGUCGACGAAGAGAGAUUGGAAGUGAAGAUGACGGAAUGAGCGAGACGGAAAAACAAAUAUUGGCGAGUAACCCAAUCAUGGAAGCUUUCGGUAAUGCGAAAACCACAAGAAAUGACAAUUCUUCUCGAUUCGGAAAGUAUAUUGAGAUCUUGUUCGACAACAGCCAUGAAAUAGUCGGGGCUAGAAUACGUACUUAUUUACUUGAACGAUCGAGAUUAGUAUAUCAACCUGAAUCUGAGCGAAAUUACCACAUCUUCUAUCAAUUACUCGCAGGAGCACCAUCUAAAGAACGAAAGGACCUAUCAUUGACUUCCAAUCCAUCUGAUUUCGCUUAUAUGGCAGGAGGAGGACCUACUUCGACCCCUAUACCAGGUGUAGAUGAUGCUAAAGAAUUCAGAGAGACUCAAAACGCCCUAUCGACAGUCGGAAUCUCAGUAGAGAAACAAUGGCAUAUAUUCAAAUUAUUAGCUGCUCUGUUACACAUUGGAAAUAUAAGAAUAACUCAGGCUAGAACAGAUGCGGUUCUAUCUGACGAUGAUCCGUCAUUAGCUUUAACUGCCAACUUGUUAGGUUUACCAAUAGCAGAAUUCAAAAAAUGGACCGUCAAGAAACAGUUGAUCACUAGAAGUGAAAAGAUUGUGACUAAUUUAGGUUCUGCUCAAGCAAUGGUAGUCAGGGAUUCAGUGGCUAAAUUCAUCUAUACUUGCUUAUUUGACUGGCUUGUUGGCGUCGUCAACGAGAGUUUACUCGGAGAAGGUGGCGAAGGAGCAAAGAAAUCUACCAAAUUCAUUGGUGUAUUGGAUAUUUACGGUUUCGAGCACUUCAAAAAGAACUCGUUCGAGCAAUUUUGUAUCAACUGGGCGAACGAAAAGCUCCAACAAGAGUUUAACGCUCAUGUCUUCAAGCUCGAGCAAGAGGAAUAUGUACGAGAAGAGAUCAACUGGACUUUCAUUGAAUUCGCCGAUAAUCAAGCUUGCAUCGAUGUGAUCGAAGGCAAGAUGGGUAUUCUCACGUUACUUGACGAAGAAUCACGAUUGCCUGCUGGAGCAGAUGCUUCUUUUGCGAAUAAGCUUCAUCAGCAAUUGACGAAACCUGAACAAAAAGAGGUAUUCAAAAAGCCAAGAUUCAAUCAAAACGCAUUCACCAUCACUCAUUAUGCUCAUGAUGUGACAUAUGAUGUUGAUGGAUUUAUCGAUAAGAACAGAGAUACAGUACCUGAUGAACAUUUGGCAUUACUCCAAAACUCUUCCAACGAAUUCUUGAGAGAGGUCUUAGAUGCCGCUUUAGCAGCUGCCAACACAGCCAAACCAAAUGGUACUGCAACAGGAGAUCAGACCGGUCCUGUUCCAGCCAAAAGAGCCGGCGCUACAACCAAGAAACCAACUUUAGGUUCAAUCUUCAAACAUUCUUUGAUCAGUUUGAUGGAUACAAUCAAUAACACCAACGUUCACUAUAUACGAUGUAUCAAACCAAACGAAGCUAAGAAAGCAUGGGAAUUGGAACCGCAACAAGUCUUGGCUCAACUCAGAGCUUGCGGUGUUUUAGAAACAAUCAGAAUCAGUUGUGCGGGUUACCCAUCAAGGUGGACAUUUGAGGAAUUCGCUGAGCGAUACUACAUGUUGGUCUCAUCGAAAGAAUGGUCGUCGAAUACGGAUUACAAGGGACUUUGUUCAUUGAUCCUUUCAAAGACAUUGAAAGAUGAAGACAAGUAUCAAAUGGGAUUAACGAAAAUAUUCUUCAGAGCAGGAAUGUUAGCUUUCCUGGAAUCGCUUAGGACUCAACGAUUGAAUGAAUUAGUCACUCUAGUCCAAAAGAAUGUGAGAAGAAGAAUAGCUUAUAAACAUUAUCAAACCUUGAAAAUAUCAACCAUCAAAAUACAAUCUUGGUACAGAGGUAUAUUAGCUAGAAGAUUCGUUGAGGAGAAGAAGAAAGAAUCGGCCGCUAUCAAGAUACAAAAAGUUGCUAGAGGUUGGUUGGCCAGGAAACAGUUUUCGGAAAUCAGACAAGCUGUCAUUAAGAUUCAAGCGAUCGUUCGAGGCCAUCAAGCCAGGAAGAGAGCACUGGAAGAGAGGACUCUGUCUGCCGUACUAAGAUUGCAAUCGCUGUUCCGUGGACUCAACGUUCGUCGUCAUUAUCUCGCUCAGAUCCGAAAAGUCAUCGUACUCCAAUCGCAAUGGCGACGAAAACUUGCUGUACAAGAGCUUCGAGGUCUCAAGGCCGAAGCUAAGUCAGCGAGCAAAUUCAAGGAGAUUUCCUACCAACUUGAAAACAAGGUCGUCGAGCUCACUCAGACACUUCAAAAGCGAACUGCGGACAACAAGGAACUCUCAUCCAAAGUUCGAUCACUCGAAAAACAACUCGAAUCAUGGCAAACUAAGCACGAUGAAGUGGCAACGAGACAUAGAGGUCUCGAGAGUGAAUUAGCUAAACCUACUGUUCCGCUAACUCAAUUCGAGGAAGCUUUAGCUGCUAAAGCUGAUAUCGACAAUCAAUUGAGAGAAGCGUCUCAAAGAGUGAUCGAACAGGAUAAAGAAAUACAUCGACUUACAGAAGAAUUAUCAGCUCAAGCGAACGAUAUGGAAGAAAAACGAUUCACCAUCGAAACCGCCACUGCAAAGAAUGCUGAAGAUCAAAAUACUAUUGCUGGAUUGAGAGCGGAAUUGGCAAGUACGAAAGAACAGAUAUCACGAAAUAACACAUUAAACGCUUUGACGAAGAAUGAAAGACAACAAAGAGAACCACCUACAUCACCUACACAACCGCAUGGUUUGAGAGCGUUACAAGAGUUAGGCGUUAAUACAGAAAGACAACCCUCGACUUCAAGAAGAAGGAAUAGAAGACAUUCAACAACAGGUACAGGACCUGCAAAUCAUGCUCGAAAUCUAUCUGACGAGAUCACUUCCAUGAAGAAAUCAAAUCAAUCAAAUCCUAGAGCAGUAUCAGUAAUGUUCCCUUCCACAAAUGGAAUUGUCAGACCAAGAGAUUCAUCUGGUCUGCCACUCCCACCUGUAUCAGAUAACGCUUCAGAUGAGAUCAUCAGAUUGUUAGACGAUGAUGCCCAACUAGACGAAGAUGUACUUCAAGGUCUAAUUUAUCAAUUGAAAAUACCUCAACCCUCCCUUCAUAAUACGCCUCUAGCAAAAGAAGUUAUCUUCCCUGCUCAUUUGAUAAGUCUAGUAAGUAACGAAAUGUGGAAACAAGGCAUGAUAGCGGAAAGUGAAAGAUUCUUGGCAAAUGUUAUGCAAGCUAUUCAACAACAUGUUAUUGCAUUCAAAGGCGAAGAUAUCAUCAUACCCGGUAUAUUCUGGCUAUCGAAUGUUCAAGAAAUACUAUCGUUCAUUUGUAUUGCUGAACUAGAUGCUGCGCAAGGGUAUGGACCAGGAUUCGAUGCUGCCGAUUCGCAGAAUGUUGAUUUCGAGACAUAUGAAAGAUUAAUUGGAAUCGUCAAACAUGAUCUAGAUUCAUUAGAAUAUAACAUUUAUUUCUCAACGAUGUUGGAAAUCAAAAAGAAACUGACUAAAAUGGUUAUACCAGCUUUGAUUGAAUCUCAAUCCUUGCCUGGAUUCAUCACAUCAGAUGGAUCAGGUAAAAUGUUUUCAAGAAUGUUACAAGGUAUGGGAUCAAAUCAACAACCAACAGCUACGAUGGAUGAUAUAUUAAACUUGUUGAAUAAAGUCUGGAAAUGUCUAAAGAGUUAUUACAUGGAAGAAAGUGUAAUGCAACAAGUCGUCACUGAAUUAUUGAAAUUGAUUGGUCAAAUCGCUUUCAACGAUUUAAUCAUGAGAAGAAAUUUCUGUUCUUGGAAGAGAGCUAUGCAAAUUCAAUAUAAUAUCACUCGAAUUGAAGAAUGGUGCAAAUCCCAUGACAUGCCUGAAGGUCUCUUACAACUGGAACAUCUCAUGCAGGCUACCAAAUUACUUCAACUGAAAAAGGCAACGAUGGGCGAUAUCGAAAUCUUGUUUGAUGUCUGUUGGAUCCUAUCACCUUCUCAAAUCCAGAAAUUGAUCUCACAAUACCACAACGCGGAUUACGAAGCCCCGAUUUCCAACGAGAUACUAAAAGCUGUAGCUGCAAGAGUAAAACCCGAUGAUAAGAGUGAUCAUCUAUUGCUUACUCCUGAAACGGAUGAAGUUGGUCCUUAUCAAUUACCGCCACCCAGAGAAAUAGCAGGGUUGGAAACUUACGUACCUGCUUGGUUGAACGUGCCGAUCAUCAGAAGAUUAGCGAUGCACGUCUCAUAG